GAUGUUAAUCGAUUAUCAGAUGUAGAGAAAUUUUUAUUAUAUUUAAAACUUCCAACUGGUUCUCAAUCUGAAGACGUUUUAAGGCAGACACCAACUUCAGCAUUACAUUCAUCAAAUCGUGCAGAGCAGGCUCAAGCUUUUACAUGGAUUAGAAGUCAUUUAGAGGAGGACAAUGAAAUCUGUGUACCCAAACAGGAAGUGUUUGAGGAUUACAAAGAGUAUUGUGACAGUCAUGAUAGAAAGAGUUUAUGUGCUGCUGAUUUUGGUAAAGUUAUGAAAUGUGUGUUUCCAAAUGUUAAAGCAAGAAGGCUCGGUCAGCAAGACAUUCAUACAUAUUGCUAUAGUGGCUUGAGGAAAAAAUUAGAAGUUCAGCCACCAGCAUUACCGGAACUAGAAGUUUGUCCUCGAAAAUUGAAGGUGAGCAACGAAGAAGAUGAACUAUUUUUAGCUUCAUGUCAGCUUGUUUGUGAAUGGGCACAAAAAUUAAUUGGUUCACAUUUUAACAGUCUUAGUGAAUUAUCUGAACAUCUUGUUGGAAAUCAUUAUGUCAACAGUAAAUCUAUGGCAGCAUUCACUGUUCUUGCAUCAAUGCAAGAAUCAGGAACACAUAAUUCCAAAGGUUAG